UUCCAGCUACUAUGGUUUGGCUUGGUUUGGUUAUUUUGGCUUGGUUUGGCUUGGUUUGGUUUGGUUUGGUAGUGUGAAAAGGGUCAAAAGAUUGUCUGAAUCAAAAGGUUGGGAUUCUAUCCAAUCAGUGUGCGCUUUGACAUAGAAGGUCAUUUCAGAUUGAGCCAACAAAUGCAGAGUUUACCAUGAAUGUGGUGUCCGGGACCGUGGGGACAUUGUCUUUAAAAGGUGCAUAACCAGGCGAACGGAUUCAAUCCUGGUCCUAAAUGUGGGUGUUCCUCUUCCCCCACCAGGACUACUACCAGAGGCUGGAGCAGCUGCAGAGAACCCAUCUGAGGAACAUGGCUGAGCUGGAGAAGAUGUAUAUCUGUAAAAGGUCAAAGGUCAACAAGAAGGACGAUGAGGAGCACAAGUGUUUGGAGAGAGAGGGCAGAGACAUACAGGAUCUCCAGCCCAGUGUCGCGUCGGAAAGCCAGAGCUCUGGCUCUAUGCCAGUGAGGCGACUGCAGAGAAUCCUUUCAGACGAGGAGCUUAAUAACUUCCACGAGGAGACGUCCAGUGACGUGUCUGACCAAUCAGGAGACGGUGUUGGUGGAGACGGAGGAGAGGAGGAUAACCAUUAUGAACUGCUGCUGGAAGAGAGAGAUGACAGCCACAGCCCCAGGGCCUGGAGCAGGAAGGACAAACCCCUCAGGAACAGUCUCAGGGACAGUCAGUCCUGCUGUCCAGAGAGUAUGACCACCACCACCACCACCACCGCCCAUAAGCAGCCAUCCUCUACUUCACCAUCUAGGAGCCAGCUCCAGAUCCAGCUCCAGCUGAGAGGCUGCUGCCCCAAGAGCCAGGGCAGAAACCAGGGAGGAAACCUGAGCAAGACAGGGAGGAGAACCAGAGGAGAGAGCUAUAGGGGGGGAUAGAGGUCCUGAUAACUCCAGGGGGACUGUGACCGUCCCCAAGCCGUUCAGGAUGAUGAUGAGGGAGGAGGAGAAGAAGAGGAGGAAGGUGAGGAGGUUUUGUUUAGUUGUAUUGUUCCCUAAAGAGUCUUGAAUUAAUAAUGUAACAUAGCAUUCCAUAGGGAAUGUACUGCGUGUCAUAAAUACACUAUAUGUAUGCCAGACGUGCUGAGCAAAUGUCCCUCUGGGUGUUUGGGUUAAAAGUACUAUAUACAACUAAUGUAAUAUUGAUGUAUUAUUGUUAUUAAGGUCAGGACGCGUUCGGAGGUGGAGCUGGAGAACUUGCUGCUGCGCCGGGAGCUGGACGAGCUGAGGGAGUGCGGCAUGAAGUUCAGGGCCUCGCCGGCGCCCGCCCACACUCGCCUGCCGCUCUACGAUGUCAUCAGCUGCCGCCUCAGCCAGCGACCCGGUUACAAUCCCGGUAACCACGGAGUUAACUUUAGUAAUUAUCGGUAUGUCUCGGUCAGCGGUGGCAACCAACGGGCCUCCUCCUGCUCACCCCAGAGACCGUUCAGCUUCCUGGAGAGAGAGAGGAGGAAGAGGGAGCAGAGGAUUGAAGUGGAACUGGAGAACCUGGUGGCCAAAGAGAGGAGGGCAUUCAAGGCCAGGCCGGUGCCCAGGUCUGUGUACUACAGCCACAGCGCCACCCACAGGCAGCAGAGCAAA